AUGUCACUUGUGAGAGAGCGACGUCACCAAGAACCACUCACACUCUCUAUUCCACCACCACUUUACAUUCGCAUCGCCGGAGUCCCAUCUCCGCCGUCGUUUUCAUUAUCAUCAUCAUCAGCAAGCCCUGACUCAUCAUCUCCGGUUGAAACCUUAAACGAUCUCGAGAAACUCACCGUUUUAGGACGAGGAACCGGUGGGACAGUCUACAAAACCCGUCACCGGCGAACCAAAACGCUCUACGCGUUAAAACUCCUCCGGUCAAAUGAUCUCAACGCAACCGCCGUCGAAACAGACAUCCUCAAGCGAAUCGAAUCGAGCUUCAUCGUCAAAUGCUACGCCGUUUUCGUUAACUCAUCCUACUUAUGUUACGUGAUGGAGCUUAUGGAGAAAGGAUCUCUCCACGAGGCGUUGCUUGCUCGACAAGGCUUCCCCGAGCCUGUGAUAUCAUCUCUCGCUUACAGAGUCCUCCAAGGGUUGCGUUACUUGCAAGAAAUGAGGAUAGUUCACGGAGACAUAAAGCCUUCGAAUCUCCUCAUCAACGAGAAAGGAGAGGUCAAGAUUGCGGAUUUUGGAGCGAGCAGGAUUGUAGCCGGAGGAGACGACUAUGGUUCGAGUGGGACGUGUGCAUAUAUGAGCCCUGAACGUGUGGAUCCAGAGAAAUGGGGUUUUGGAAAAGUUGGAUUUGCAGGAGAUGUGUGGUCAUUAGGAGUUGUGGUUCUCGAGUGUUACCUUGGAAGGUAUCCGUUGACCAAACCGGGGGAUAAACCGGAUUGGGCGGCUCUGAUUUGUGCGAUUUGUUGUAAUGAGGAGGUGGAGAUUCCUGCGAGUUGUUCGCCGGAGUUUAGAGAUUUUGUUGGAAAAUGUUUGGAGAAGGAUUGGAGGAAGAGAGUCACUGUUGAAGAGCUUCUUCUUCAUUCUUUUGUGAUAAAUAGAUUGUAG